UCACGUGGCCUCUUUGUGUUAGCUUCACAAACGCAGAGUUUGGAGCUCAACUCACUGUAAAUUCGAUCCCCUCUGGUUCCGGCGUGUUCAACGGGAAAUUUUCCGGCGCGUUUCCGAUCCAGUGCAGUGCUUUGUAGAGCAAUCGGAAUCAUUUACUUGGUUUUCUCUUUUUAGUAGAAGGGUUGCUUUGAGCUUAGUCAUUCAAUGAAAUGAAAACUCAAGCAUAAACUAAUAUUUUUGUAUCUGAAAUACAGGGCUGUACUUAUGGUGGAUAUGCAAAAGUGAAAUGGCACAUAGAGAAGUUGCCUUGAUGUUGCAAGGCAGCAAAGCCAAAUUGAGGAUGGUGAUUGUUGUCAUCAUAAGUUUAUGCAUUGGCAUUGCAGCUUUAUAUGGCCUUUUAAAGCCUGUUUCCAAUGGUUGUAUUAUGACAUACAUGUAUCCAACGUACAUCCCAAUUUCCUCAAUGGGAAGUGCAAAAUAUGCAUUGUAUUUGUAUCAUGAAGGCUGGAAGAAGAUUGAUUAUAAGGAGCACCUCAAGAAGCUGAAUGGAGUUCCAGUGCUCUUUAUCCCAGGCAAUGGUGGUAGCUACAAACAGGUUAGGUCCUUGGCAGCUGAAUCUGAUCGGGCAUACCAAGGGGGUCCACUUGAGCGUACGUUUUACCAAGAAGCUUUCCUCACUACUGAAGAGGGAGGGGCAGAUAUGGAUUUGGCUUGCUUUCAAUUGCCCAGCCAGUAUAAUUACAGGCUAGAUUGGUUUGCUGUGGAUCUUGAAGGUGAACACUCUGCUAUGGAUGGUCGGAUACUUGAAGAACACACAGAAUAUGUUGUAUAUGCCAUUCACAGGAUUUUGGAUCAGUACAAGGAAUCUCAUGAUGCACGAGAAAGAGAAGGUGCUGCAGUGUCUGGGAACUUACCCAAAAGUGUGAUAUUGGUUGGUCAUUCAAUGGGUGGCUUUGUUGCGAGAGCUGCUGCCAGCCACCCUUCUUUAAGAAAGUCUGCUGUUGAAACUAUUCUUACACUCUCAACGCCACAUCAAUCACCUCCAGUGGCAUUGCAGCCAUCAUUGGGUCAUUACUUUACACAAAUAAAUGAGGAAUGGAGAGAGGGAUAUCAGGUCCAAACCACUCAGGCAGGACGUUUUGUGUCUGAUCCACCACUCUCUCAUAUAGUUGUUAUCUCCAUUUCGGGUGGUUAUUAUGAUUAUCAGGUAAGAUCAAAGUUAGAAUCACUCGAUGGCAUUGUGCCUCCAACUCAUGGCUUUAUGAUAAGUAGUACUGGCAUGAAAAAUGUGUGGCUGUCAAUGGAACAUCAAGCUAUUUUGUGGUGCAAUCAACUUGUUGUGCAAGUGUCACACACAGUCCUCAGUUUGAUAAAUUCCAGAACAGGCCAGCCUUUUUCUGAUACUCGAAAAAGACUUGCAAUAUUCACAAGGAUGCUUCAUAGUGGGUUACCACAGAGUUUCAAUUGGAAGAUGCAACCACAGUUGUUUCCUCGGUUGACUGUAUCCACAGAGAAUGCAAACAAUGCUGCUGGUUCUCAAGCAUGUCCUUUAUCUAAUUGUCCCACUUAUUGGACUGAUGAUGCUCUUGAGAGGGAUCUGUACAUUCAAACAACCACUGUCACUGUUUUAGCAAUGGAUGGGAGAAGGCGAUGGUUGGACAUUCAGAAAUUGGGGUCAAAUGGAAAAAGCCACUUCAUAUUUGUGACAAACCUUGCUCCAUGUUCUGGAGUUAGACUUCAUCUAUGGCCUGAAAAGGGGAAAUCAACAUCAGAUUUGCCUGCUUCUAGAAGAGUUCUAGAGGUGACAUCAAAGAUGGUUCUAAUUCCUUCCGGGCCAGCACCUAGGCAGAUUGAACCCGGGAGUCAGACUGAGCAGGCACCUCCAUCUGCUGUAUUAAUGUUGGGUCCUGAUGAUAUGCAUGGUUUCAGAUUCUUGACUAUCUCGGUUGCUCCUCGUCCGACUAUUUCAGGCCGACCUCCACCAGCCACUUCCAUGGCAGUUGGGCAGUUCUUUAAUCCAGAGGAAGGACAGAAAGAGUACUCUCCUCAGUGGAUGCUUUUGUCUGCCUAUUCACAUAAGGAGAUGUUUCUGAAGGAGGACCACCCCCUUGCUUUUAAUCUGUCAUUUGCUAUUAGUCUGGGCCUCUUGCCUGUUACUCUCUCUUUGGAAACUGCAGGCUGUGGAAUAAAGAAGUCUGGACUUCCAGAUGAAGAUGGCGAACACUUGGACAACAGUAAAAUUCAUGUUCUGAUAAGUACUAUGCCUCCUCUGAACUCAGAGCAUGAAAAUGUUAUGUUACUGGUUGAUCCACACUGUUCUUAUAAGAUUAGCUUUUCUGUUUCUGUCACAGCCGCAGCCAGCAGAUUUUUGCUUCUGUAUGGUCCGCAGAUGGUUGCUUUAUCUGUUGCUGUUUUAUUUUUUUCUCUGACGCGUCAAGCCUAUGAAUGGGAUAGUAACCUGGUUAUCCCAUCACUGCUGGCAGCUGUUGAAUUCAACUUAAGGAUGCCUUUUCCAUUUUUGCUUUUAGCUAUUGUGCCAAUUUUAGCUUCCUUUUUCUUAUCCUUGCUAAAGUCCCAACCUUCUCCUCCAAUGACAAGCUUCAUCACUGUCUCACUUCUUUGCUAUUUGUUUGCAAAUGGUUUCAUAAUCCUGUUGACGUUGGUUUCUCAACUAGUCUUCUAUUUAGCUGCAGUUGUACACACUUCUAUCAAGGCAAGGUGGCAAGCAUGGGGGAGGAAUUUUUCUUUUUCUUGUCCACGCUUGGUUAUUAAACUUUCUUCAAUUUUCUUUUCCUUGAAGGUUAUAAGGAUUCUCAGAGUCAACACGGUGCUUAUUACGGCAGCAGUUGCAAUUUCCUUGGUGUGUUUUGUUCAUCCAGCUUUGGGUCUUUUCGUACUCGUCUUGUCUCAUGCGUUCUGCUGCCAUAAUUCAAUGUCCAGUUUCUUGAUGGCUUCCCGUAGAAAAGAGUUCUUUUAUGAUAAAUAUGAAGCCAAUGAUAAAUCUCAGCGUUCUGCACCUAAAAAUGAAGGUACACUUGACCAGGAUUUUCCUCCAGAAGAGAAACCUCCCAGCUUACCAGGCUCCCCAAAAAAAUGUUUUGGAGAGACACAAAUAGAGAUCUUUCAUCACAGGCAUGGCUUGCUGGUCCUGCAUCUUGUUGCCACGCUAAUGUUUGCCCCCUCACUGGUGGCCUGGUUGCAGAGAAUUGGGAUGAGGCAGAGUUUCCCAUGGUUCUUGGAUUCGGCCCUCUGCAUAGGUGUAAUAUUCCACUGUAUAUUCAACUUAAAGCCUGAGUCGAGUUUUUUGUUUUACUUUCCUCCCAUCCUGAGUCUUGAAGUGAGACCACAAUUCAUCUAUAUGCUUGCCGGAUACUAUUCUUAUUUUUCUGGCCUGGACUUGGCUCCAUACAGAGUUUUCUACGCCAUGGCUGCCAUAGGGUUCAUCUCCUUCGUUUCGAAACUCUUACAGAUAAAGAAAACAGAGCAGGGAGAUCAACGUUUUCGUAUCAGAAAGCAUUCACACAGACACUGAUAAAGAAAACUGACAUAGCUCCUUCUAUCAGUUAUGUAAGUAUAUGGAGUGACCAGUUCUCACCUACAUCGGCAGCCUUAUUACUGUUGUUCCACUGAUAGCAAAUUUUCAUAUUCAAACUGCAAUUCUCCUGAUCUGACAAUUUGAAAGUAAAAAGAAAAAGAUCAUUAAAAUUAGGACAAAAAAGUUGUUGGAAACUGUUUACGCGGAUUGGCUCGGCUUUUCUUUAAUUAGGCAAGCUUUUGUUUUCCUCUACAGCCUAGAUGUAGGACAAUUUUGUUACGAAUUUGUAUCUGUAUUUGUAUUUGUAUUUGUAUUUGUAUUUGUAUCGAAUUUGCUUGUACGAAUUAGAGAAUUCCACAUAUCUCUGAUUGGCUAUGGAGAAUCAUAAAUCUUUUCUUCCAAA